AAAAAAAAAAAAAAACACUAUUCAGUAUAGCACUCUCAAAGCUUCCCAGCCAUGACUCUUUAAAGUUUAAUCCAUAUCUUCUGUCCAGAACAGAACACAGAAAGUUAUUUUCCUCAUUGGAUUUUAUGGCCCCCAAGCUUGUCUACCCACCAAUCCCAACCUUCCAACCCAUUCCUCCAAUAAUACCCAGAUUGAAAAUUAUACCAAUAACUCACAACAUAGUCUCCUUCACUCAUUCAUUGAUUCCAACCACAGUAUUUGGAGAUUCUUCAUCUGGGUUUAGGCACACCAGAGUAGCUGAGCAAAGCUCUGGCUUAGUUGGUGCCGCUGACAAGGAAAUAGAAGAUUACAGGACAACUGAACAGUUAAAAUCUGACCUCUAUCAGGCACUCCAAGGAAUCAAUAGAGGGAUUUUUGGAGUCCAAUCUGCAAAGAAAUCUGAGAUUGAAGGUCUGGUUGCAUUGUUGGAGUCCCAGAAUCCAACCUCAGAACCUACUUCGAAUCUAAAUAAGGUGGGUGGCUCUUGGAGGCUUGUCUAUAGUACAAUUACUAUUCUGGGUUCAAAAAGAACAAAGCUUGGGUUGAGAGACUUUGUGGUAUUGGGAGAUUUUUACCAGACCAUUGAUGCUGAUAAGGGCAAAGCAGUUAAUGAGAUCAAGUUCAGUGUUAGGGGUUUAAACUUGUUGAAUGGACAGCUGACAAUUGAAUCCUCCUUCAAUAUUGCAUCCAAAUCAAGGGUUAACAUAAGUUAUGAGAACUCAGCAAUCACUCCUGAACAGUUAAUGAACUUGUUUCGGAGAAAUCAUGAGCUGCUCCUCAAGAUCUUCAAUCCAGAGGGUUGGCUGGAGAUAUCAUAUGUUGAUGACACAAUGAAGAUAGGGAGAGACGAUAAAGGCAAUAUCUUCAUCCUGGAGAGAACAGAAAAAACAUGAAACCUAAGAUUCAAUUUGUUCCUUUACAUUUACAGUAAUUCAUAAACGUAGAAACAGUUUCAAAGCUGGUUACAAUUAAGAUUAGAAAAUACCCUCGAGGGUUUCGAACGCUGGACAUCCGCACAUACAGAUCGCCUAAGAGCGAGAUAACCAAUUGGGUUAUCGCCAUAACCAAUUGGGUUAUCGCCCUGUGAUUGUAUAAAUACGACUUGAUGAUGGUAAAAUCAAACCGUAAUUGUACAAUUGGGGAAAGGAGGGCAUUUUUCUGCUGCUGCAAAUAACUGUAACCAUAGUCGAAUGCUGGUAAAUUAUUUUAUCUAUUUGAAUCUUUAUUCAUCAAGGAUGAUGAAAACCAUCAACUUUAGCAUUUGUAGUUUCAAAUUUUGAACGAUUUUGGUGUCAUAUUACAGCAAAAUCAAUAAUACAAGCUUUCAAUACUAA